UAAUAAUCUUUUUGACUUAGUGUUCUCUGGGUUUACCAAUCAAUCACGCGCAAUCGUUCGAAAAAUGGGUAUAUAGUCAUAUUAGAAAGCUUCAUCCAUCCUCACCCUCAAAACUCAAUACACGAAAAUAAGAAAAGCUUCGUUUUAAAAAAAAUGGAGGCAAGCUUUUCGAGUACAGAGAUCAGAAGCUGGGACAACAAAGAGAGUUUCAUAAAUUUGAAUGAAUUGGAGACGCCGACCUCGUCGCUGCACAUGGCGGCGAAGAGGCACGGGUCUGAAAUGGUGGAGACAGUGAAUCAGCAGGGGGAAACUCCAUUCCACGAAGCUUGUAAGCAAGGAAAAGCCGAUGAGUUACUGUUGCUUCUUGACAUUGAUCCAACGCCCAGUUUUAAACUCUGCCAUCAAAAUUAUAGUCCCAUGUUCGUGGCCUGCAACAACGGUUUCCUCGAUGUCGUUAAGGUAUUUUUGAAUCAUCAGCGGUGGCUGCAAAUCUUACAAGAACGCUACGGUAGCUUGGAUCCGGCUUGCUUUCUUCAGGCCGCUUCACGGGGACACCUAGGCAUUGUCAAAGAACUAUUGGCGAAAUUCCCAACAUUGAGCAACAAGGACAAUGUGGACGACAAUGGAAAUUCUGCAUUGCACUUGGCUUGCUUAAGCGGACAUUCUGAAGUAGUAACCUUUUUGUUGGGUGUUAAUCCUGAUUUGGCUGUGCAAUAUAAUAGCUUUGGUUAUUUGGCAUUGCAUUUCAUCGCCAUGAAUGGCAAGACUUCCAUUUUCGAGGACUUUUUGCAGCUUGCUCCUCGAUCUUUUCACUACCGCACCAAAAAUGGAGACCCAAUUUCUUUUCUUACUGUCCAUUAUAAUCAGUUUGGUGCUUUUCUGUACUUGGUUCAUAUCUUCAACCAUCAUGGAAUAUUAUAUUCUCUUGGUCCUCUUGACCAUGAUGGGAACACUCUUCUACACAUUGCUGUGCUAAGAGGACAAGUUCAGUUUGUGGACUACUUGAUCAACCAUUUUAGCAUACCGAGAAACUCCAAGAACAAUGAAGGCCAAACAGUGCUAGACAUGUUGGACCAACUCAUAAAUAAUGGUUGUACAAUUGAAACGGUUCAAAUUAUUGAAAACAUGUUGAAGAACAUAGACGAGCUGAGCAAAAGAGAAUUGGCCAAUAAUUCUACUAUUCCAAUUAGUUUGGAAGGUGAAAGGAAGUCAUCUUCCAAUCAAACCAUGGAGCUUGAUUCACAAACAACUUGUGUAGGUGUUGAUGAACAUAAUAACGAAGAAAACAAAAAUGGGUCAAUUACAAAGGAAUUAAAAAAACAAAAACGACUAAGCAAAGAGCGGCAUAAGGUAUUGAUGAGCAAAGUGGACAAAAAGUAUCGUAGUCGACGCUUGAAGCAACAUGACAUGUAUAAAGAGGCACUACAAAAUGCAAGGAAUACAGUAACUUUAGUAGCAGCCUUGAUCACCACAAUUACAUUUUCAGCUGGCAUAUCCCCUCCAGGCGGUGUCCACCAAGACGGGCCAUUAAUUGGAAAAUCAAUAUUUGGAAAUACAAAAGGCUACAAGGUUUUUAUUAUAAGCAACACCAUUGCACUCUCAACAUCUUUGUGUAUCAUUUUAGUUUUAGUCAGUAUCAUCCCUUUCAAAAGAAGACUAUUGUUGCAACUUUUGAUGAUUACUCAUAAAAUCAUGUGGGUAUCAGUGGCUUUUAUGGCGACAGCGUUCACAUCGGCGACAUGGCUAACUAUCCCACAAGAUUAUAAAACAAAUUGGGUUCCAAUUGUAAUAUUGGCCAUGGUGGGAGGGAUCACUGGAACAUUAUUUAUUUGUUUAGGAGUGGCUUUGGUAAGACAUUGGAUGGGGAAGCUCAAAUUGAGAAGAGAAAAAGUUAAAACAAACACUGUUGUUGUUCCAAUUGAUGAUGAUGCUGAAUCCACAGAGGAUCCAUCUAGUGAAGCUAAUACAGAUGUCGAAAACCAUAAGAAACUUCUCUCACUUUCCUCUAACUCUGAUAUCGCUAGCUCUAGAUUACUAGGUGGUCAUCCAUUUUGAAUCUUUUAUAUUUUCUAUAUGUACAGUUUUACAAACCAAAGUCCAGUAAUUAUUUGUAAAAAAUAUAAUUCAACAUUUCAUGCGUUCAAUUCUAGAGUAUAUAAACAUUUGCCAGGAGUUGUUGUGAUGUUAUAUUCCAACAUACAUACUUCAUUGGAUGUUUGGAGCUCA